AUGACCCAAGUCAGGCAUGUUCAGCUUCUUGGGGCUCGUUCCAAUUCUCUUCCAGCUGUAUUGCGAUUCCACAGCCGAGCGGAGCUGGAUCCAAUGCAAUUCGAAUCCAUAAAUGAGCAACAAGCGUGCCACGAUGAUAAUCUGCAGCGAGACAAUUCUGCCAUGGAUGGCGUUAGAGCUGAGCCUCCAGCCGGUGAAGAUGAUGAUGCGCAGAUCAUAUUCUUUGCCCCAACGCGAAGGAAGAAGAGGCGAAGAAGGAUUGAGUAUCCUAAUUCGACAUUUCCAUUUGGUCAGAACUGUAGACCUCAAAUCGAUCUUCCAAGUCCCAAAUUUUACAAUGUGCUACCACAACCUGCUCGACGAAUGAGCUCUGGUGUGGUUCAGCGAUUGGAAUUGUGUCAUAUUGGGGAGGAGAAAAGCCUACCCAUACGAGCUGGAUCGUUUCCAUCAUGCGGUGAGAGUAACUGUUCGACUAUUCAAUGUCCAUGGUUUGCAGAACCCAGCUAUUCCUCGGCGCCCGCUUCCCAGUUUCCCUCCCUGACGGACGCUGCCGCUUGGGAAGAUCAAUCUCUGCCCACUUUGCAACCUCGCCCUCUCCCUAGUAUCCCAUGGAAACCCAUACAUCUGGAUGCUCAACAUCCGAAUAAGCGCAAGCACGACGAGAGCAUAGACGAUACAGCUGCUGGACCAACUCCUCUCCGGAAGUGUGUUCAAGUAUCUCCUCGCACAUCUCCAACUUAA